CGUAGUCAGAUCUCCAUGUUCCAUCAGCUUCAGUGUCUACGCACAAUUAGAGAGGUUUAUCUCAUAAUAUCGCAAUCAACGAGCGAUGACACGCAGUACCAUUUCCUUUUAGAUUGCUGGGAUUAUUUGAGACAGGGUAUCUUGUGUGCUGCCGAUUCAACGCUGCAGCCCAUUGACAAAACCGGUUCGACUGGUCUUGGUCUAUGGCACUCCUGUAAAGAUUCGUCCAUUUUGUAUGAUUGGGUAGAGAAGUCU